CACUGGGGGCGCCAUGCCGUGUAUGAAAGAGACGGAGCUUUGUGCCCGAAACUAAAAAAAACAACAUCUAAACCAGAACCUGACUCAUGAAUUAAAAGAACGACUUAUCCGUGAGAGGCCAGUAGAGGACUGUCUGUCCGGAGAAGGAUGAUGAAGAAGUACAUCCUGGGCCGAGACAAGGAGCGGUCGGCAGAGGCGGCUGCUACCCCCCCACCUCCCAGCAGCAGCAGCACCACCACCACCAGCAGUGGCCCCAGCAAGGCCGCUGCUUCCACCGCGCUGCCGCCACGCAAGCCGAUCGCUCCCAUGUUCUCGGCCCUACUGGGAAGGCAUCCAAUGGCCCCAGGUGAGCUGCAGGCCAAGGUCAGGAAGCUGAUGACCACACCAGCACGGCCUGCAGUUCCAGCGGUGUCUACAUCCGUCAGAGACCAGCGCCCCUCGGUUCCGCCGCCGCCCCCCCCCACAGAGGUGACGGACGAGGAACUGGUCCAGAUGGCCACUGACUUAGAAACGGCUGAUGCUUGAAGACCAAAGGUAGGUUUGGCAGGUAAUGUAGCCGUCUUUGUCGGUGGUAGAUGUGUAGAACGUAGUGGCAAUGUAGAUUUGCUUAACCACCUUCACAUGUCUACUUCCCUUGGCCCUGCUGCAUCUCUUGACAUUCACCUUGUAGCACUAAACCAUCUGCCCUAUCACUGGCAUUCUGCACGUCAUCUAAUCACUGGCAUUCUGCACGUCAUCUAAUCACUGGCAUG